AUGUAUCUUAAAUUAAAUUUAAUUUUGAUAAUAAAGAUAUUUUUAAAAUUGGCUCGUUUAAUUGUCAAAAUGGUUCACACUUGUCAAAAAGUUUUUGACUCGCUAUCUUUAAUUUCCAUAUUUGGGUCAAAUCAUUUUACCGCGAAAAUCUUAUUUUUCAAACAUCAAGAGAUAAACACUAUUUUAAAUACAAAAUAUGCCAUGACAUCAUUUUGCGAAAACCUUAUGCUGAUUUUUAAAAAAAUUUUUCAAAAUUAA